CCAGAAUAAAACACGAAGAUACUGAGGAACAAAUAGUCCAGAUGGAAGUGAAGGAGCAAAGACAGAAACUAAAUGACGUGAAGAAACACUCUGACUUCAAAACUCUCGGAACAAAUGUCAAAAAGCUGCACUCCUGCUCUCAGUGUGGAAAGAGUUUCACAAAUAAAGGAAACCUUAACAAACACUUUGGAAUUCACACUGGAGAGAAACCGUAUACAUGCACUCAGUGUGAGAAGAUUUUCAGAGAUGCAUCAGGUUUAAAAUAUCAUCUGCACGUUCACUCUGGAGAAAAACCAUUCAAGUGUGAUCAGUGCGGUAAAGGUUUUAAUUCAUCAUCAAAUCUAAUACAACACCUGAAAGUUCAUUCAGAUGAGAAGCCAUUCUUGUGUUCUUUCUGUGGAAAGAGUUUUUCACGGAUGGACAGUUUUAAACUUCACCAGAAAAUACACACCGGUGUGAGAGAUUAUGUGUGUUGUGACUGUGGGAAGAGCUUUACUGCAUCCUGUGAACUGAAACGGCACCAAAGAAUUCACACUGGAGAAAAACCGUAUCCAUGCACUCAGUGUGGAAAGAGUUUUUCUCAAGCAUCAGGUCUCAGUGUUCAUCUGCUCCGUCACUCUGGAAAAAAAACUUUUAGCUGCGUUCAGUGUGGUAAAUAUUUUGUUUUGUCAUCAGAUCUAAAAGACCACCUGAAAGUUCAUUCAGAUGAGAAGCCUUAUGUGUGUUCUGUCUGUGGAAAGAGUUUUCCACGGAUGAAGAGUUUUAAACAACACCAGAAAACACAUGCUGAAGUGAAAGAUCAUGUGUGUUGUGAAUGUGGGAAGAGAUUUACUAGAGCUGAUUGUCUGAAACGUCACCAACAAACUCAUACUGGAGAAAAACCUUACAAGUGCUCAUACUGUGACAAGAGUUUUGCUCGGUUGGGACGUCUAAAAUCACAUGAGCGAAUUCAUACUGGAGAGAAGCCGUAUAUCUGUACUGUGUGUAAGAAGAGUUUCAAAGAUGCAACAGGUUUAAAAAAGCAUAUGUUUAUUCACACUGGGAAAAAAACGAUUUAACUGUGAUCAGUGAGGUUAUAAUUUGUCAUCAAGUCUAAAACAACACCUUGUAGGAAACUCAUGAGCGGAGACCAGGAAUCUUGGUUGUAACUUUAUCAGGAUUCUUUUUUGAGAACAGGAGCUGUCAGUAGAUGCAGUCAUCAAGUCUUAUGCAGUGUUGUAGUUUAUAUACGUUUAGAGGGCAGAAGAUCUGGGUGACGACCUUAAACAUGCUUAGGAACCCACCAUAGACUCUAGAGUGUUACCAAUCCUUAUCCAAUCAGCAAUCAGGGGCUCCGAGAUCCAUUAAAGACAAAUGGUGAGAGUCUCAGUAAUUGACUCAUUUAACUUACGAUAGAGAGAACAGGACUGGCAGGAAUCCCUUGCUGGAAACUUUGCAGCUGAUAUCAUCAUCAGAUCCUCAAAUGCUAAAUUCAAUGUACUCUACCUUAGUUAUUCAUGUUAUGUUAUGUAAGGUCAUAAGAUCAGCAGAUCUUAAACAGAUUCUUAAAUUUGUAAUUUUACAACCUGAAAGUUUGUUCAGAUGAGAAGCCUUAUGUGUGUUCUCUUUGUGGAAAGAGUUUUUCAAGGCUAAAGAGUUUUAAACUGCACCAGAAAACACAUAAUCAAGUGAGAGAUCAUUUGUGUUGUGACUGUGGGAAGAGCUUUAGUACAUCUAGGCUAAUUGACAGGAACAGCUUCAGAGAUUUCGUACUGGAGAAAGACCUUACAAGUGCUCAUAUUGCUCAUAGUUUCUACAUUGUAAUCAUUAACAACUUGUAGUAAUUACUUUAGUGUGUAAAUGUAUUGAUUCUGCGAAAGAAUCAGAGUUGCUGCCUUAAUCCACUGUUAGCUAACUGCGUAAUUUAUAUAUGUACAUUUCUGAAAUGCAUAACUUGGACACAGUCACCUCUGAUAACAAGAUCACUCCAGAUUAUAAUCUAAACAAAUGCAUUGUCUGUAAAGCUGCUUUGAAAUGGUAUGUAUUGUGAAAUGCGCUAUGCAAAUAAAUGUUAA